AUGUCUAAGCGUGCAUUAAAGAAAUUAAAAAGAUUUGAGCGAAUUCGAAAGAAAGAUAAAGAAAGGAAAGUGGAAGAUAGAGGAUAUUCGCAAGAUAUAUUUUCUGAAACAGAGUAUUACUUUGAAGAUGGCCUUCGUAAAGUUUACCCAUACUAUUUUACAUUUACAACACAUGCCAAAGAGAGGUGGUUCAAUAAAUCUUUAAUUGAAGUGUUUUCAAAGGAAUUUAUUGCCAUGAAUUCUGAAAAUUAUCGAAGACAUAUCGAACGUGGUAAAAUUUUAGUAAAUGGUCAAAAAGUUAAGGCGGACCUUCUGUUAAAGAAUGGAGAUGAAAUUUGUCACAAGAUCCAUCGUCAUGAAAAUCCUGUAAUAGGUAGUAAAAUAGAGAUAAUUAUAGAUACAGAUGAUGUAUUAGUUAUAAAUAAACCAUCUUCAAUACCAUGUCAUCCUUGUGGUAAAUAUAGACAUAACUCUAUAGUAUUUAUUCUUGGUAAGGAGUAUGGCUAUGCUAAUUUGAGGAAUAUUUAUCGUUUAGAUAGGCUGACGUCAGGAGUGUUAAUUUUAGGAAAGUCAGUUGAAGCAACUAAAAGAUUAGAAGAUCAGAUUCGUAAUCGUGAAGUUCUGAAGGAAUAUGUUAGUAGAGUAGUUGGCAAGUUUCCAGAUGGUAUAGUUAAAGUGGAUGAACCUUUAGCCUGUAUGAGACAUAAUUUAACAUUGUGGAGAGUUCAAAAAGGCGGAAAAGAAAGUCAAACCUCCUUUGAAAGGAUCAGUUACAAUGGAACAUCUAGUGUUGUGAGAUGUACACCUCAUACGGGUAGAACUCAUCAAAUUAGAGUCCAUUUACAAUAUUUAGGUUAUCCUAUUGUUAACGAUCCAUUCUAUAACAGUGAGGCGUGGGGACCAAGUCGUGGGAAAGGUGGAAUUAUGGAAAGAGAUGAAAAGGAUGUUGUUUCUGCAAUCCUACAGGAGCAUAAUGUUGGUCAAUGGGUAAAAGGUGACAAUCCACUUUAUAAAGAAAAGUUUGGUGGUAUGACAAACAUAGGAAGUACUGAAACGGGGCAUUCUUUAUCAAAUGAAAAAUCACCUGAACAUCAAAAUGUCACUGGUGCAGAAAAUUGUGAGCUGACAAAGGAUAUUGAAAGUGGAGAAUUUGAACCUAAAACAAAGAAAUUAAAACUAAGUGAAGAAAAUAGGUUUGACAAAGAUCAGCUGUCUAUAGAUAUCGACUGUGAAGAAUGUCAGAACACCUAUAAAAACCCUGAACCUAAAGACCUUAUUUUAUAUUUACAUGCUUAUAAAUACGAAGGCCCGGGAUGGAGUUAUAAAGCCUCAGCCCCUUACUGGGCUGCUGAUGAUUGGAAAAAUUAA